AUGAAGUUGUUUCAAUAUGAUUCUUCAUCAAGGCCAUCUACACCAGACCCAUUUAGUGAUAAUGGAGAGUAUGGUUCCGAUAACGACUAUGAUCCAGGAUAUGAUGAUAAUACAGACAGCACUAGCACUGUUAGUGAUCACACAAAGCAACGUGAAAAGAAACAACUAAAGAAACGUUCCAAGGACAACGCAACGAGGUCACAUGGUAAACGCAACUCUGAAAGCAGUGUAAGUAGCAGCUCUGAUUCUGACGAUCGAACCGAAGGCUUUAGCGAGUGCACGGAUGUAUGUGAUAGCGAUGACAACGAGGAUGAUACAAAUUCAAUAUCGGCAGAAUCUAGUGAUGAGAGUAUUUUUGACAGUAGAAAGAGAAAAAAGAAAGGGCAGAGUUCCCCUUUAGGAUCAAGAUACAAAAAACCUAAGAUCGCCAGUGCAGAUCAGAGUACCGACACUAUGUCUAUUAGAAAAUAUCUCAAUUUAUCACAUAUCGAAGGAAGUCACUCCCAUACUAAUCCACAAAUUCAAGGUGCUGAAGACGACCAUGCUGCUGCAGCUGCUGAGGUUAAUCCCGCGCCUGCCAACCUACGUGCACUGGAACUAGACGCAGCUGCGCAGCGCCACUCUCCUGGUUCUCCUGCACCGUAUCCAGCAGCUGCUGAGGGAAAUCCCGCGCAUGACAACCUACCUGCCUUGGACCUGGAUGUAGCUGCGCAGCACCGCUCUCCUAGCUCUCCUGCACUGGAUCGGGAGGCUGUUGAGGGAAAUCCCGCGCCUAUCAACGUAUCUGCCCUGUACCUGGAUGCAGCUGCACAGCGCCGCUAUCCUGGCUCUCCUGCACCGGAUUCAGCAGCUGCUGAGAGAAAUCCCGCGCCUGACAACCUACCUGCGCUAUGCAGCUGCGCGCAGCGCUCUCCUAGCUCUCCUGCACUGAAUCGGGAGGCUGUUGAGGGAAAUCCCGCGCCUGUCAAAUUAUCUGCCCUGUACCUGGACGCAACUGCGCAGCGCUGCUCUCCUGGCUCUCCUGCACCGGAUCCAGCAGCUGCUGAAAGAAAUACCGCGCCUGCCAACUUAUCGGCCCUGGAUCUGGACGCAGUUGAGCAGCGCCGCACUCCUGGCUCUCCUGUAUCGGAUCCAACGGCUGCUGAGGAAAAUCCCACGCCUUCCAACCUACCUGCUCUGGACCUGGACGCAGCUACGCAGUGCCGCUCUCCUAGCUCGUCUGCAUCAGAUCGGGAGGCUGCUGAGGAAAAUCCCUCGCCAGCCAACCUUCCUGCCCUGGACUGGGACGCAACUACGCAGUGCCGCUCACCUAGCUCUUCUGCACCACCAGAACUAAACGCUACUGUAAGAUAUCCAACUCCGGCCAGCACACUUGCACUGGAGGUAGUUGCAGAGCGUGGCUUGUCCGGCUCUCCUAUGCCAGAACGAGAUGCUGCCGAAACGAAUUCUGCGCCUACCAGUCCAUCUGCUUUGGAUCGGGAAGCGUUUGUACAACGCAAUCCUUCUAUCUGUCAUGUGCUGGACCCAGAGGCCGCCGAAAGAAACUCCGUGCCUGACACACUCCCCGAGAUAAGUCCAGCGACCAAUUGCAGACCAAGCACUCCUCCACUGAUAAAUUAUGAUUUGGAACACACGAACACAGACAUACCUUCGUUCGAGUUUGAUGAAAGUUCAGCAGGUGUCCAGUUUGAAGUCAACCCAGCUAUGACAGUUAUGGAAAUAUUUGAUAAAAUUCUUAAUCCUAAUAUUGUAGACUAUAUUGUAACAUAUUUAGAUUCAAAAGGAAAAGAUAAAAUUGAAAAAUUUAUUAAUGCUAUUACCAAGAGCUUCAUGGAGUGCUAUAAGCCAUACAAACAGUUAAGUUUGGAUGAAUCUUUGCUUUUAUUUAGAGGCCGCCUUGCCUUCAGACAAUAUAUAAAGAGCAAAAAAGUACGUUACGGAAUCAAAUUCUUCGAGUUGACAACUUCUGAUGGCUAUGUUUUAAAUAUAAUGAUGUACUCCGGAAAAGACACAACUGCUCGAACUGGCAAAAAAUCUGAAAAGAUCGUCCUUCGUCUCAUGAGGCCAUAUUUGCUGAAGGGACAUCAAUUAUACAUGGAUAAUUAUUACAAUUCCGUAACACUUUCGCAAAAGCUAGUUGACUUAAAAACUCACACCACAGGUACCUUACGUUCAAACAGAAAAGAUAAUCCCAAAGACAUCAUUAAGAAAAACAUCAAGAAGAAUCAAAAUGUGUGGGUACGAAAAAAUAAGGUCUAUGUUUCAAAAUGGGUUGACAAGCGACCAGUUCUUAUGGUAACAACUUCAGUUCAUCCUCGGCUUAUAGAAAUACAAAACAGAUUUCAACAAAGAAAAAUUAAACCCGCAGAAGUGGCAGAAUACAAUCAACACAUGUCCGGAGUUGAUAGAGCAGAUCAAAUGAUCUCAUAUUACUCCUCACCAAGGAAAUCAAUCCGGUGGUAUAAAAAAGUGAUGUUCCACUUGUUGGAUGUCGCAGUAUGGAACUCAUUUUUUAUUUUCAAAAAAUACUGCCAAGCCAAUUGUGAUUUCUUGCUUUUCCGAGAGGAAUUGAUUCGAAGACUGUUGGACUUUCCAGCAGAUUUAACAGCAGAGCAAGUGAUUUUAGCUCGCAGCAAAUAUGACAACAGAAUCAGAGCUAAUUUAUUGCCACUUCCAGUCAGUACCAUUGACGACGACGUCGGAAGCUCAAGAGUCCAUGGUCACUGGCCUGAGAAAAUACCCGUGCAAGAGGGUUCAAACAAAACAUCAAAGUACUUGAAAUGCAAGAUGUGCACGAAAAAAAAGGUGAGAAGGGAGACUUGCCUGAGAUGUAAAGGUUGCCCUGAAAAGCCAGCACUGUGUGCUCUUUGCUUCGAAGAGUGGCACAAAGAAGUAUAA